CAGCAGUCGGAGGAGGAGGAGGAGGCCUGGCUGGCAGAAGAUGGGGUCCGGUCCGGCAGUGCGUUACUGAGCGAGGUGGGUGACAGACGGGCUGGUCUCUACUCCAGGACCCACGAGGAACCACCAACCCCGCUAGUCUCACCGCUCCCCACCUCUCACUAUCCCGUAUAACCAUUUAUCAAAGGUGAGAUCAGAGCAACACAGGAGGCGGAGGUGUGUGUCUGUAUGUGUGCGUGAUGACCUGAUGACCUACCUGCUGGGGGUCACACCUAGAGACUGUGUUAAUUAAGGAGAGCCAGGUGAGGGUGAAAGAAGAGGAAGAGAAGAAGAAGAAGGAGAAGAAGAAGAAGAGACAGGAGGAGGGAAAGAGGAGAAACAAGACUCCCUAGGGGGGGGGGUUAAUUCUCCCUGAAACAACAGUGCAGCGGAAGAAACAACAAGAACAGCAGCUGCUACACACAGAACAGCUGCUGCUACACACAGAACAGCAGCAGGAGUAACAGCAGCAGGUGCAGCCAUCACAGUCUCGAGAGGUUAUGGGACAUGGCUGCCAACAGUGCCGCCGCCAAGUACCUGCUGGUGCUGGCUCUCUGCUGCCUCGCCCACAGAGGGCUGGCGAUGAAGUGGGUGAGGUUCAGCGUACCAUCGUGGGCGUCGAGGGGUGAGGAUGCCGUGCUCACCUGUCAGUUCGACUUGGAGGGAGAGAAGCUGUACUCUGUUAAGUGGUAUAAGGCUGGCCGAGAGUUCUACCGCUACGUGCCGGGCGAGUGGCCGAGGCAACAAGCAUUUCCCCAUGGUGGUAUUAGCGUUGAUAUGUCCCACUCCCCUCAGAUCUCCGUGUCCAGGUGUCCCAGAGUGAUCAUCAGACGCACCCUUGUGAGGUCAGCUGCCAUGCAUGUUGUGGAGCUGCCCCAAGGGUCGCCACAGGUCACAGGUGGAGAGAUUGAGUACAGGCUGGGUGACAUGGUGAACCUCACCUGUAUUGCCCCCAGGUCCAUACCCCCAGCUACCCUCAUCUGGUACAUCAACGACCAGGAAGCGCCGCAGGACUACCUGAUAAAGUACCAGGUGCACGCGGACCAAAGUGGCCGGUUUGAGGCCAGGCUGGGCAUACAGUUCAGGGCGGAGCGGUGGCACUUCAUCAACGACCGCGUCACGCUGCGCUGCGCCGCCUCCAUCCACCGCCUCUACCAGAAGGAGGUUCACCACAGCGGUAUUGUGGUCCACCCGCUGGUCCCCGCCCUCCUGGAGGACCAGACCACAGGUGUGGCAGCAGGUGUGAACGUGAGACAGGUUAUGAUGUUGACUGCUUCCUCCCUUCUGCUGCUACUCUGAUCGUUCCCUCCCCCAGCCUCAUGUUCGUCGUCUACUGCUACUGCUGUUUUGGUGCCCCUACCCCUACUGCUGCAGCCCCAGCCAUCGUCUACUACUACUACAGGCGUCUACUACUGCUACAGGCGUCUCCUCCUCGUAUCCCGAUGUUACCUGUUGCUUCUAGAUCUACUUCAUCCUCCUCCUCCUCCUUCUUCUUCUUUCCCUCAUCCGACAGCUUAAUCUUCCCCCAACCCU